GUAAGCGAGUUUUCCGUGAGAAAAUACCACGACUGCAGGCUGGGAUGCAGCAGCCCCUAGAGAGGAAGGGGCCUGCUGAGAGAGGAGUGAGUGAGCAGGAGGCUGGGCCCCAGGAAGCAGGAUCCUCCUCCGGGUCCCACAGCAGGAAAUAUUCCCUGAUCCAAGAUCAGGCUCGGGAGCUGACCCGCCUGCGGCAGAAGGUGAGGCUCGGCGGAGCCGUCUCCUCCCUUCUCAUCCAGCAUGUCAAGAACACGGCGAAGAACUUUGAGGAGCUUCUCCGCAGCAGUAAACUUGACCGCUCCGUGGAGCAGCACUUCCGUGAGCAGCUGGCCAGUGGGAGAGAGCUGGCGGAGAGCCUCGCCAGCAAAUUCAGCUCAGAUGACUGUAUGAAUAAGAAGAAUCGGAGGGGACAGAUGCUUCGGACUCUCAGGAUCUUAAGGAAGAUGAAUAAGAUGGGCGGAGGGACGGAAGUCCUAGAGACCCGGCAGGAUGCCUCGCCCUGGACUCUGUUCCAGACCCACCCCAGCAGCCAGGCCCAGUGGACUGCCCAGAGCCACCCCCGCAGCGCCUCCCCACUGCCUGAGGAGCAGGAAGUGCGCCCCACGGUGAACACGGCCAGUAAGUACCAAGACGGCCCCUGCUUUCCUGGCGCUCACUCAUUCAUCCAGACCAAACAAACCCUGCGGAUCCACUGCAAUGGGCCUAGUUGAGCGCAGCCCCGGGACUCAAGGCCAAGCACAGGCCCCAAGGAUGUCAGGUAGCUUUUU